AUUAUGGACCGACACUGGCUGGCCACCUAUUUUGUCAUUUGGUAUGGCGUUCCCUACAUGUCAUAUGACAUCUUCGCCAUGUACCUCAGCCAUUACUAUCGUUUCCGGGUCAAAGGUCACAAGGACUAUAAAAGCCACUCUCUACGAACCGUCAACUCAUUUGUGAGGAAAGAGUUCCUGCUGGUCCUCCAUCACAUUGCACUACUCACCAUCCUACUGCCUGUGACUCUGUUUUUCAGGAAGGACCAGGGUGAUUACUUCAUUGGCUGUCUCUUCCUCACAGAGCUCAGCACUCCUUUUGUUUCACUGGGCAAAAUCCUCAUUCAGCUGGGGAUGCAGGACUGCUGGCUGCACAAGGUUAAUGGCGGCAUGGUGCUGCUUAGUUUCUUCAUGUGCCGCAUCGCACUCUUCCCCUACAUGUACUGGGCCUACGGCUCCCACUACGGCAUCCCGCUCUACAGCGUUCCCUUCCAUCUCUCACUCUCCACCAACCUGGGCAACCUCUGCAUCCUGGCACCGCAGGUCUACUGGUUCGUCCUCCUCUGCCAUAAAGGCUACCGACUCUACAAGCGGCAGCGGGAUGCGCAAAACCAGGCCUCUCCGCUGUCCUCGCCCGAGCCGGUCUCAGAUAUCUCCAAAGCUGAUUAGUGAAGGUCUGUCUUUAUCUAGAACAAACAAUCAACAGACAUCACAGCUGAAGGCUAUGGCACUGCAUCUGCUACGGUUACAGUACAAUCAAGAUUUAAUAUUAGAAAUACCCUUAUUACUCCUCUUCACUUUACUGCAUACCAUGUGCACACUCACAAUUACACACUCGCCCGUUAAAAUGGCACUUCACUGGAUUUAAUGCAGUGACUUCUAAGGAGCAUCUUCUAGGUCAGUUAUUGAGGGCCGUAGCCCUCUUUUCCUUCUCUGAUUGGAGUAUCUGUUACAGUUUGGACUGGUGUCUUUGAAUGUCAUUGGAAUUAUCUGUUACUUUUUUGUUAUUUUUUAUUUUGUCCCAUAUGAAAUGCUGCUGACGUACAAAAAUACACUGGUUUAAACUAGAGAAUUUAUUAUGCGAGUGGCACGGCUGUCAUGAUAAAUUCAUUGAAUUAAACCCACAGCAUUUCAGAUCACAUCCCUCUCGGCGCAAAGCUCCCAUCACGUGGUAAGCAUUUCCAUGGCUGCAGUGCUGCUGUUCUUCUGUGAAUGUGUUUGCACACACACUGCCCUGCUGUGACUGUUUACACGUCUCUACCACACACCGCCCUUUACACUCUGGAGGCUGCUAAUGAAUUCUGCUUCACUUCUGUGGGCCUUUUGAGCAUACAAAAUCCUCCCAUACACAUGGGGGCAGUAGAGAGUCGGUCCUUAUGUUUACAUGGCAUAGACAGGACUCCAGUCUAUAGGGGGAUGAGGUCUUUGCAGGGUAUAAAGAGCAAGCACAUAAUGCUUGGCAUAUAUUUAAGGCCACAAAAUGCCUGAGGGCAUCUCCAGGCAGUAGUCAAAGCAAUAACAUGGCUUCAAGGCAAGGGAUUGUGGGUAGUUGGAGAGCCCAUGUGAACACAUGGUUAAAGAUAGAAAAGCUGCAUGACAGCCUACUCUGAAAGCAUGUAUAAAGGAUGUAAUACUAGGUUCCUACAGUCUUGAGAAGAAGGAAAAUAUCAGGCAAUUUUACAUUUGAGAUUUUCAUGUGUAGAAAAGUCAUCAGAAGUCUUUAAAAUUCAUACUUUCUGUAGUGAGUAUCAUGUCUGUUGCUCUUCAGCUGAAUAUUUUUUGGCUAGACACCACUUUUAAUGAUUUGCUGUCUGCUAAAUAAUUUCUAGAACAUUUUAUCCAGAAAAGUUGCUUUGAAAGAUUUGGGAACCCUGGUAAUUGUGUUUUUGAGUGUGAAGUGUGAAAUGCUCUUGAUAUGGGGCUUGAAUUUUUAUCUUCCUAUUAACUGAGCCUACAGUUUGAGUUGUAAAUAAAUAAUAUUUAAUUCUACAUGGAUGAAUAUUGCAGUAUAAAAGGGUGAUUUGCUGUUGCCUAGGGUCAUUUUAGGGAUAAUCUGUGGCUUAUAAGCGCUUGUGUAAGUGUAGGCUUAGCAAGGAACUCAGAAGCCUUUGUUUCAGGGCUUUUAACACAACCUUCAGCAUCUUUCAUAAUACAUUUAGGGAAUGCUGGAUGCCGUAUGAAUGCAUCUGUAUGGCGUAUUGAGUUUUUUUUAACAGUGACUUCUAGAUUCCAUUAAGCGCUUUCAGAAGUGCAGAACUGUGAGAUUAAGUUGCCCAGUACGUACCCAUGCACUCUUACUUAGUGUUUCCAAGACAAACUGGACCUAAAGGUUGCCUUUAGCAAGUGUGUGUAUGAGAGACAGAGAGAAGACUUAUAUAAGAGUGUGUAUAAAUUCCCAGCUCACUCUCUUGGAGGUUGAACGGGGUCUUUGCUGGACUGAAAGAGAGAGGAUGUGUUUUGCUCUCCCUUUCUAAAGCUUUAGUACUUUUCAAAACUAACUAUGCAGUCUUUCAAGCUGCUGCUUCUUGUCUAUGGCAACACUAUGCUUUCCUUAGUUUUGUUGAUGCAUUUGGCAGAUGAGUUGGCCAUAUUAAUCAUGAUGCAUGUUUUUUUUUGUAGUGUAUUGCGUUGAUGCUUUUCAUUGUUUACUGAUGUCUGUUACAGUACAUUUUUCUAUAACCAACGUUCUUUUCUUUUCUCUCAUUUUUCACUCUAUGAUUUAGAGGUUAGGCUGCUUAUCAUGAGGCAUAUCCAUAAUCUAAUAAAUACACUGUAUGGCCAUGUAGACACCCAAAAAGCAUCUAAAAUCAAAUAUGUGGGCAUUAAUAAGGGGUUUGUCAUUCCUUUGCUGCUAUAACAUCUUACAUUCUUCCCAAACUGUCACACAAAGUUGGAUUCUGUAAAAUGUGACUUGAAUUAAGGGGCCUAGCAUUAAUAUUAUAAAUGUUAAUAUUUAAUUUUAUAAGUUCACAAACUUUUGGCCGUGUAGUGUAAAUCCAUUAUGUAUGAACAGGUUUAUAUCCAGAAAUUACAUGAUCAUAAAUCAAUAAAUUUAGGCUUAUUUAUGCCAUGCUUGAACUUGUAGUAUAGUCUAUGAUGCUGAUAAUCAUAUUUUUUUGGAAAAAAUAAUAGAAGUCUAGUGUCUUCAAGGCCUCCUCUCAGCUCAGGGUUUGAUAAAGAUGUUAUAAUUUUUCAGUUAUUAUUUAGAGGUGAAAGAUGAGACUGUGAUUUACAAAAAGACAACAUUUCUAAUUGAAAAUACCUACAACACCUUUGGGUUUGGUAGACCAAAGAUUUCGUAGUGAAACCUCAUCAUUGCCUUUCCCUCGCUUGCCAUCCACAGAGGCUCAGAUCUCUACUGGACUGACUCUGCUGAUGGCUCAGGCAGCAAAAAGACUGGAAUUUUUCUCACUGGAAUAUUUGGCUUCGUUUAUUUAGAUAUUUUACUGAAAAUAACAAACUGGGUGAAUCUGAUGAAAACAUGUCUGGAUCAUAUUUCACCCCCAAAAUCAGUAACAAAAUGCAGCCAUUAAGCCAGUUUUCUUUCAAAAAUCAGCUUUAAGGCAGCGUGUGUUUUUUUUUUUUCAGGGGUAAUGUGAAAUUAAUGUUUAUCUGUCAUAAAAAUAGUCUCUCAAACUAAAAAAAGGAUUAAUGGUCAUGAAAUGGAGUUCAUUCUCUUAAAUAUUAAAUAUAUGACCGGCAUUUUGUGAGAAGGACAGAAGUGGAGGAAUAAGAGGUGAAGAUGUUCAGAAUUUUUAUCAGCUUGCUCUGAUUUUUAAUACAUAUCAAAUCUAAACUAGGCUGUUUUGAUGGGUGCUUUGUUUGGAGCUUUAUAGUUUACUGUAAAUGGUUGCAACAGCAAUGGAGGAAGGCAAGUAUAUGCAGAUAACUGGAAAAGUCUGUGGAUAGAAAAUCAAGCUAUAAUAAAUAUUAAAUCUAUAAAAGCUGUUUUACCCCAAAUGAUGUGUUGUCUGGAAUAUCGUAAAUACAGUGCCUUGUAUUAAAGUUGUUUGUGAUAUUGAAACGAGCUCAAUGCACAGGAGCCCUGGGCAGGCGUGUUUUAGGUUGUGACCAUCUCUGCUCACUUUUUUUGUUUUAAUGUUCAAAGUACAUUACACAACUAAGAAAAACAUCUAUCACAGUGACACUUUAAUUCUUUAUGCUAGUAGGUUUGAUUUCUAUGUAUAAUUUGAAUGAAUUGUUACAGCUAACUUUGUCCGUUAAACAUGCUUCUAAGUCUUAAAAUAAUUUUAAAUGACGUUUCUUGCUAUAUUGUCUUAAUAUUUGCAUUCGUGAAACGAAUUUAAAGGAAAUCUAAACUCUAAAGGUUUAUAAUGUUACCCAGUUUUCUGAACGGCAUCCAUUCCUCAUAAAAUUAAACAAUGUGGGCUUCAUUUUAAGGUCAGUUUAAUUCAAGUUACAUAUCUACUGUGUUCAGAUUUUUGCAUGGAUUUAAAAGCAUUUCAUCAGUGGUCCAGAAAGCUAUAUCAAAAUGUACACUUAUUUCCAACUCAUUCCUUGGUUGCAUCUCCAAACUCAGUUCAGCAUUAUUAACUCUUGUUCAGACAGAGGCCAGUGGGAAAGGAAACCUUUCAGAGAACUGGGAAGUAGCCAGAAGCACGUUUGCAUUAUCUGUUUCCUGGUGAGGAAAACACACUUCCUUGCUAUGUCAGCUUGACCUCAAAGCAUGAUUUCAUUCGGAUUUCCUAAUGCACAACCUUUAGCACUCCCUGCCUCUUAUUUUUGAUAACAUUCUGAUUUUCACAUAUAUAUUUUAUCGGAUUUCAUAUAAAUAUUUAGGUUUCUGUUUGUUUGUAGGAUGACAUUUGAAGAACUCUCCUUUUAGAAAGGGGCUACAGAGUGAAACUAAUAUAAAUGCUUGAUUGAGCUUAUUUUCUGGAAACCUGUAAAUCCAAACACCACUUUGAAAAAAUAAAUCUGAUUUGGUGAAUUCUUUUAAACUGAGCAGCCUUUGUUUACUAAGAAGCUGUGUGG